AUGGAAGUUGCAGGUCUGAUAAACGAAGAGAAGAUGGUGUUUGAUGAAACGGAACUGAGGUUGGGAUUGCCAGGAAAUGGAAGCAAAGUAACAGAAGUUGCAGUAAGAAAGAGAGGUUUCAGUGAAACUGAGAGUGAGAGUGAGAGUGAAAGCGAAAUAACCACGGUAGAUUUGAAGCUUAAUCUCUCUCCCAAAGAAGGUGCAGCAGAUCCACAAUUUAUGCCUAAGGAGAAGUCUCUUCUGGUUUCUGAUUCCGGAACCAAGCCUCCUGCUAAGACGCAAGUUGUAGGAUGGCCACCGGUGAGGUCGUUUAGGAAGAACAUGUUUGCAGGCCAAAAGAGCAUAGGCGGAUCAGAAGAAACAAAGAAGAAAAACACGGAUGGUCCUAAUGCAAUAAGCUUUGUGAAAGUUAGCAUGGAUGGAGCACCUUAUCUUCGCAAAAUAGACCUAAAAAUGUACAAGAGUUACCCAGAGCUUUCUGAUGCCUUAGCCAAAAUGUUUAACUCCAUCACCACAGGAAAUUGUGAAUCCCAAGGAAUUAAGGAUUUCAUGAAGGAGAGUAACAAGUUGAUGGAUCUAUUGAAAACCUCUGACUAUGUUCCAACUUAUGAAGACAAAGAUGGUGAUUGGAUGCUUGUCGGUGAUGUACCAUGGGAGAUGUUUAUGGAAUCAUGCAAGCGUUUACGUAUCAUGAAAGGAAAGGAAGCUAUUGGACUAGCACCAAGAGCCAUGGAAAAAUGCAAGAACAGAAGCUAG